AUGGCAGACGAUCUAACAACUUUAUCUGAGUUAAAUGAAAAAACGAUUGUCGAAGAAAUUAGAAAAAGAUAUGCUAGCAAGAAAAUCUAUACUUACAUUGGUGAUAUUCUAAUUGCAAUUAACCCUUAUGAAGUCUUACCAAUUUAUGGCUCAAUGAAUUGGCUGAAGUAUACAGACGUGAAAAACAAAACCGACCACGAGCCGCACAUAUACAUCAUAUCAGAUCGAGCAUAUCAGAACAUGAAAAGAACAGGCUACAAUCAGUGCUGUGUCGUCAGCGGGGAAUCAGGAGCCGGUAAGACAGAGAGCACAAAACUCAUGAUAGAACACAUAGCCCAAUUGUGCAAGCAUGAUGAGUCAACACUGCAUGAGAAAAUUGUUGAGGUGAACCCGUUGUUAGAGGCAUUUGGAAAUGCACAAACAGUCAUCAACAACAACAGCAGUAGGUUUGGAAAGUUCAUCGAACUCAUCUUCGAUGAUUCUGGGCAAAUUUUGGGAGCCAAACUGUCAGAGUACUUGUUGGAGAAAUCUCGUCUGGUGAACCACGGCCCUGGUGAGAGGAACUUCCACAUCUUCUACUACUUCUUCGCCGGCCUCGAUCAGUCGAAACUCAAGUGCAAUAUGAUUUCCAAGCCCGAGUCACACAGAAUAAUGGUAGAGAGUGAUGGAGGAAAAGUAUUCAGAGACACAACGCAUAUGAACGAAUGCAAGCAGACGUGGAAUGUCCUGCUCAAUAUCAUGAAACAUGUCGGAUUCUCAUCUGAGGAGGUGAACGGGAUAGAAGCGGUACUGGCGGCCAUCUUGCACAUAUCCGACAUCAAAUUCAUUCCGCAUCCGGAAACGGAAGGAGUAUCCAUUGAAGACGAUGCCAAGUUGGCUCUAACCGCUCAAUUGCUUCAGGUCUGUGCAGAAAAGUUCAUUGAUGCCCUCAUCUCAUCAUCCAGCGUUGUUGGGCACGAAACGAUAACGAGUAUGAAAAAUGAGAUGCAGGCAAGUGACGGCAGGGAUGCCCUUGCGAAAGCACUCUACGGUCGCAUGUUCUCUUGGAUUGUACUGCAGAUAAAUAACCUCCUAGCUCCUAAGAAAAUACAAAACUCGUCCCAGUCGCAAAAUUGGAUCGGCAUCCUGGACAUAUAUGGCUUUGAGAAUUUCAAGAACAACAGUUUCGAGCAGAUGUGCAUCAACAUUGCCAAUGAGCAGCUUCAACUUUUCUUCAACCACCACAUUUUUAAACUGGAGUUGGAAGAGUAUGCCAAGGAAGGGAUCAACGGCAGCAGUGUCGUCUUCGUCGAUAACCAACCGCUGCUGGAUCUUUUCCUGCAAACAAGCCCUCCAGGAAUAUUCGCCCUCCUCGACGAAGAGAGCAAGUUCCCACAGGCAUCUGACCAGACGCUGAUCGACAAAUUAGUGAAAAAUAUGACGGGCAAACCUGACUUCCAAUCAACAAAGGGGCAAAGCUUGUUCUUCACUAUCAAACAUUUUGCUGGGCCCGUUACUUACAAUGUGGAUGGUUUCCUGGAAAAAAACCGCGACACUCUGAGUGACAACGUGAUCAAUUGCCUCAAAGACUCAAACUGCCUCAUCGUUUUUGAACUGUUUUCGCCGUUUUCUGAAAUCGGAAGCAUAAGCGGGACGGCCACAACCCGCAAGAGGAACAUGAGGAUGUCCCGUUUGAUGGACGGGGUGGUGUUCAGGGCUACCCCCGUCAACUCGGUCAACCAAAUGAAGAGGGCAAGCAUUGUUGCUAAGAAGAGUGUGAUGUCAAACCAAGUUGGAACAGUAGGGAAGAAUGAUCAGCUGAUGCGGGGUUCCAAAACGUUAGCCACCAGUUUCAAGGCAUCGCUUUGCACUCUCAUUGAAAAGAUGCUAGCAGCCCAACCGCAUUUCAUCAGAUGCAUCAAGCCGAACGCCAUGAAGCAAGCUAGCAAUUUCAACGAGAAGAUGGUAACGGAGCAGCUGAACUACACUGGAGUGCUAGAAACCAUCAAGAUUAGGAAACUAGGCUAUUCAUCAAGGCUUCCAUUUCUGGAUUUCAUACACAGGUACGGCGUCAUCGGAGGUGUGUUGACGCUGAAGAACCCGGAGCAAGGCAGGGAGAUAAGCUUGCAGAUUAUGAACAAGGUACAGAUGACAGAUUGGCAAGUUGGAAAAACUAAGGUGGGUGGAGUCUGA